UCCGCCGAGUCUAGCUUUCGUGAGCUCGAUGACGUGUUUUUGCAGACGCAGACCAGAAUAUGGCUGGGGGAGGUUCUGCACAUAAGAUUUGAUGAGGAGACGGCUAUUGCUGAUUUACUUGCCGAUGGAGAAUUGCUGUUCCAAGUAUCAAAGUUAACCUGGAAAAUGCUUCUGAAAAAGCAUGUAGAGUUGACGAGUUCAAAAGUGUAUAUAUAUGAGCGAACUUCAUCUGGCAAGAGCGAUGGGAAAUACAUGCCUUACCCUAAGGUUGAUUCGUUUCUGAAGGUAUGCCAGAUCCUGGGGUUGACAGGUAUCGAUUUGUUCUCUCCAUCUGAUGUUGUUGAGAAAAGAGAUGUUCGAAGAGUCUGUAUGUGUAUCCGUUCUUUCUCUAAGAAAGCAAGGUUGGAGAAUCUAAAUGUUCCAGAUUUUGAUAAAGUCACAUAUACAAUUGCAAUGCCUACUGAAAUGGUCGGUGGUAUCCGUAGAACCCUGGAAAAAUCACAAUAUAGCUCUUCAAGUUCCGGUGGAUAUACUAGCUCAUCUACUGAACCGAUGACAAGCCUUGGUGGACAGAACACUCUGCAUUAUGAUUCAUAUUCCGAGUCUGACGAAGCAGAAAGCGCUUAUACUGAGGUUGUGUUUCAUAGUUCGUUCUCAAAUGCUUCUUAUGAUGCUGCCAAACUUUCCAACCUAAUGGAAAUGGAUUCACCUGAAGGAGAUUUGGUAGUUGAUGGAGAUCUAUCUAAGGUACAAACACAAUUGAGAUCAGAUGCUCAAGAACAGAUUGAAGUUGUUGAUAUAGCAAGCACGCAAAAUUUUACGUUAGCUAAUGGACGCUUUCCUCAUUAUUUGGAUGGACUGAAUGUAGUUGAUGAAGAAGAAAAUAAUUUGGCUCAGUCUUCAUCUUCUGCUAUUAAUAUAAGCCAUGAGCAUCCAAAAGAAGAAUAUAUUAACACAGUUAAACGCCCUUCACCGGAGGUUCAAACUAUUAUCAGCGAUGAUAAUAGUAUCUCGGAGCAAGAUACAGUAUAUGAGAAGAUAUAUGGGAUAGAAAAGGAAGUAAAUGCUGAAGGAAGUAAUGAAAAGAGUACUAUUAGUACCUUUAAGACGGAUCCUAGCAAUUCUACCGGUGAUGGGAACAAUAUCAUGUUUUACAGCAUUGGUGAUGGUGAUGACCAAAGGGUGCCUUCUAAAAUCUCCAGCCCCUCUGCGAGUUCUGUGGAAUUGGAUCGGAACCUAGAAAAUAGACAAAAGACUGCUGAUGAGGUUGAAGUAGGUUCAGAAGAGGAGUAUGCAAAUAAUGACUAUACUGCUGAUAACUUCUCAUUUCCACUGGUAAGUGAUCCUAAAAGGGAUAUAUUUGCAGAGGAAAAUAUUUCCCUGAUGGAAGUUAAGAUUUCUGAGAAAGAAGUAUCAUUCAAAAGGGAUAUAUUUGCAGAGGAAAGAAUUGAUGGCAAAAAUCAAGGAGAUGCUCUGAUCGGUUCCAUCAAGGAGAAUGAAGAAGCAGAUGGCAAUGGAAAACCAAUGAAGGGACCAGAAGGAUGUGAGAAGAAAUUAAUGCCUGAGCUCAACUCAAAUGGGAAGCCUAAAGAGAGAGCCAAAGGCAAAAAAGUGCUGAAAUCUGUGGUGGGAGCAAUGACAUUGAUCGGAGCUCUCUUCCUUGUUAACCAUGUCAGGCAGGGGAGAGAUAAAGGCAAAAACACCGAGGAAAAUACUGAGGUCAGUGUGCCGCGACAGAAUGGCAAGCCAAGCCAGGAAUUUCCUGAGCAAAAGAGGGUAGGCGUCGUUAAGCCUGCUUCCGUAUACCCUGGAGAAAAGCUCAAGUUUUAGGGGGAGGACACACUAGAUUUUAGUUCGCACGGUUUGGCUACCAUCAUUUUGAACUGUGAUGAAAGAGCCAGUUUUAGCUGAGUUGGUCUACAGUUUCGUUAUAUAUACGCUGUUUAUUUAUACACAGGAAUACAAGGGGAUGGUAGUUUCAUCCCGUAGGCUUGUAUCUUUAGCUGUUGAAAGGGGAAAGAAAAUAAUCGCGUGGCAUACGCAUGAUUAAUGUAAUACGAGAUGCGAGGUGUAUGAAAUGUAUCCUAGGAACGAGACGAUAAAAUAACCUCGGUAUGUAGUUCUUGAAAUAAUUUUGGUUGGUUUUUGCA